AUGGUGAGACCAAGGAGGCCAACUGAUGUGCCCGAGGAUGACCUACCAAGGGGUGAUGGAAAUUACGCCAUGGCCAGGGUGUUAAAUAGGAUGACGGAGUUCCUCCAACAGAAUUUUCGGCCACAGCAAGGAGAACAGUACAGGGUGAUGCAGGCCGGGUGCACCUAUGAGCGCUUCUUAGCGCAUAGGACCCCUACCUUUACUGGUGAAGAGGAUCCAUUACGGGCUAGAAGGUGGAUUCAAGAUCUGGAAAUAACGUUUGAAGUCUAUGGAUGCACUGAGGCCCAGAUCGUAUUAUAUGGAAGCUAUAUGCUGCAAGGUGAAGCGCCAAAUUGGUGGGAGACUAAGCAGUCACUCUUAGAAAUGGAGUUGGGAUCCUUGGCUGCUGUGUCUUGGCAGUGUUUUAAGAAAGAAUUUGAUGACCGAUUCUUCCCUGUUUCGGUGAGACGACAAAAGGCUCGGAAGUUCAAUAAUUUGGUUCAAGGAGACAUGACUGUCGAGCAGUAUGCAUGGAAAUUUAUGGAGCUUGGACGGUUCGCUCCUCACCUCAUUGCUACUGAAGAGAUGCGGGCUGAACGUUUCCAAGAAGGGUUGCUCCCUCAAAUCCGCAGACAGGUCGCGUGCCUGGAAAUCCAGAACUUUCAGAGGUUGGUCAAUGUGGCCUCUAUUGCUGAGCGAGAGCAAGGUGCUGUGGUAGGCUCCCCUUCGGGUAAGAAACGACUUAACGUUAAUGGUGAAGGGAGCAGCUCUGGGUCGCCACAGAAGUUUGUGCAAAGGACUGGGGCCCGAGUGCAGGCAGCCUCCGGCAUACGUAUGGGGGGCCGAGCUCCAGUUUGUGGCAGAUGUAACAGAGCUCACGAGGGUGAGUGCCGUCAGGGUAGGAACCAAUGUUUUGAGUGCGGCCAAACGGGACACUUUUAUCGUGAGUGCCCUGGUCGGAUCCAAGGGAAUCAGGGUGGUCAUCAAGCUGGUAGAACUAAUCAGAGACAAGUAGUUCAAGCUCGGAUGUAUGCGGUGACUCCUGGUAGUGCUGACGACGAGAUUCCAGAGACUCAGGACGCUGGAGUUAUGGCAGGGGAAACCGAGACUUGCAAUAGAGGUUACGACACGUUGGGCAGUUGCUUCGGGUGGCUGGGCAGUGGGCACGGUGAUGAUUUUCAGAGUGGCUGA